CACGAGGAUAUCUUCAGGUUGCCUGCCCAAAUAAGAAGUCUUAACUUCCCCACGCCCACCCUCGUAUGAUCUGUAGUUUUGUUUCCUCAUCUUGCUCCCCUAUCUCUCUUCACCUCAAAACUACACACAUCACGGUAGCCAGUCGGGAAGCAUCAGUCUUACGAAACUUCACAAAGUUUGACGACCGAGAAACUGCGGCAAAGCACUAGACGAGUCACGUUGCCAUUCCUGGUUGCUUAUCCCAGACCACGAACACUUUGAUCUUCGUUCGCUCUCCAUACCGCGGAAGGAAAUCGUAUCUACACCGCUUGAAACUCCACCCUCGAGUCACCGUCACUCGUAAUCUCAAGAGUCGGCCGAGAACCGUUCACUUUUCUUUAAAUAGUUGACACCAUAAUACAAACGAGUUGUACUAGAAUACAUCCGUUUUCAAAGCCGCGGUACAAGCUCUUCGUCCUUGCUGCCAAUUCCUGCUUUGCAUCUCAGCCAGCUAGCUCGAUAUCACCACAUCUACUUAGCCCAACUUGCGCAGCAGGAAGGGCCGUGUAACCAACCAACAACAGGAAUUGUCAAGACUACAAGAAAAGAACAACCCGGGUCUCAGAAUAACAACAAUCGAGACGGUUCACAUUCCUCCUAGAAUCACAUCAAUAUGCAUUCACAAGACGAACUUUCCGCUCUGUUUUCCCGGAACUUGUCCCUAGAGCCUGUUCAGCAACUCGCACAAGUCCAGGUACUGAAUCAAGAACCGAAGAUCGUCUACAUCUCGGCACACUACAACCACUCAGCCCAUGUUCGUACCCAGGACACCCCACCAGCACAGCCUGCACCCAGAAGGACUUCAGAGCCGCCUGCACUAUCUGAGGUUGAAGCUGUCCUCACAAAGCACCAUGUGAACACAGCGUACUUGUCCCGUGCCCAGCUCCAGCUUUUCAAGUCAGUGGACGAUCCGCAGCGCUACAGGCUGAUUGACCUUUGGCGCAAUUGUCCUCCUACAAGCCGUAGCGAUAAUCCUACACUAGACUGGAGUAUGACAAGCGUGAGCCAGGAAGAGAUCCUGGCCAAGAGCCGAUGGGAGCAACAGCAACAGCAGCAGGCGGCUGAACAAGAAGUGACCAUGAGCCUCGAUGGAACUCCCCUGACUCCGAUUCAGGCAGGCGACGGUCGUUGGAUCGCGGCGGACUCACAUCAUGAAAUGGAGCCCUACAUGGCUUCAGGUUAUGAGGAUAUGGCUCGCCGUGAGUAUGAAGACUCCGCUCGUCGAGCAUUUGCUGAAUCCGUGGAACGCACCAAGGAUGCCUGCCGCCCCCUCGCCAUUGCCACCGGUGGCCCGACGUUUAACCCCGCGCAUUCCGACCCUGUUUAUGCUAACGCGGGGGUUGACUGGAGGCAACAAGUUGCCAUGGCAAACCAGUACGGACUAUUUAUGGCGUACAGGGAUGAUCAGGAGAUGCUUUGAGCUAGGAGUCAUGCUUUGUGUUAUGUAUGUUCGGGAGGAAUGGAGGAGACCAUUUGGCAUAUGUAUGGCGUUAUUUUGAUUGGGAAUGUACAACUAUGUCUUUGCUAGAUAGGUCAGUUUGUCAGCUGACUACGAUAUAUCGCUGUGUGCGUUGGUUUGAGGAAAGUAGAGGUCAUGGAUUAACUGGUGGUCUUUUACUUCUAUUGAAUCCGACAACUUUUUGCUUCAGGUAAUAACUAAAUAUCCUGGUUAAAGAAGUGGUGCGCUUCUACCCAGCCCGG